CAGAGCCACACAACCGUCGUCGACUCCGACCAGCAAGCACACGCCUGCUGCUGUUCCUUCCCCGUGCUGAAAGUGAAACUGCGUGACAUAGACCAAGUUGAGAGCGUGAUACAGACAUGGCCGGUGUGACUCGCAAAUUUGUGGUGCUGGUUCUCCUGGGCGUCACCAGCGCCGCCUACCUCGACGACCUCCAGGGUGAAGCUUCCAACCAGUUCCCUCAGCGCAGCGGCACUGGUGGAUAUGGUGGUGGUAACGGGGGAUAUGGCGGUGGCAACGGUGGAGGUAACGGAGGAUUCGGCGGUGGUAACGGGGGAUUCGGCGGUGGCAACGGUGGAGGAAACGGAGGAUUCGGCGGUGGUAACGGGGGAUUCGGCGGUGGCAACGGCGGAGGUAACGGAGGAUACAACGGAGGUAGCGGUGAUCCUAUUGCUGACCUCGCUGACGUCAUCCCUGGCGGUGGCGUCCCCGGCCAGGACUACCCCAUCCUCGCCUUCGUCCCCAACACCGGCUUCUCCUGUGACGGUCAAAUUCCCGGCUACUACGCCGACACUGCUCCCGAGGCCGGCUGCCAGGUGUUCCACAUCUGUCAACAAGGAGGCAGGAUCGACUCCUUCCUGUGUCCCAACGGCACCAUCUUCAACCAGCAGUACUUCGUGUGUGACUGGUGGUUCAACUUCGACUGUUCCACCGCUGAACAAUUCUACGGUCUCAACGCUGAAAUUGGAAAAACUAAUGGGAAUGGUAACGGCAAUGGUUAUAAUAACGGUAAUGGUAACGGAUUCGGCAACGUAAAUGGUAACGGCUUCGGCAAUGGAAAUGGUAACGGAAUCGGCAGUGGAAAUGGCUUCAACGGAAAUGGUGGAGGAAAUGGUGGUUCCCAGACUUAUGGAACCCCAACCAGGAAUACCAACGGGAACAGGAACGGUGGGAAUGGCAACAGAAAUAGCGGUUUCAGAGGCGGUAACGGUGGCAGGAACGGCGGCAACGGAAACGUACAGGCACCAUCUGGCCUCUAUCAGACACCAGGCAAAUAAACUGGUGGAUUUAUUUUUUUUUACUCUCCACGACAAACUCUCAAUAAUGUUUCCAUCUAAUUGGUUACACUUGUCUCCUCUCCCUCACCUGUAGUAAUAUAUGGGUAAAAGGCCCUUCCUCCACACAGGUAAUUAAAUUCAACUAUAAACAUUAUUCAGAGUUUGGCCAAAACGUUGAUGAAAUAUUCCUCAACAUAUCCAGAACCUCGUCGACCAUGAUAUUGUUAUGAUGUAUAUAUCUGUAGUUAUCAAUCCUUCUAAUACUCAGGUUCUUAUUAAAAUUAUCAACAUUUAUAGAGUCUAAUAGAACACAUAUUAUGUUAGAGUGCGGUCUUAUACUCCGGUGCCAUAUUGAUCUGAGAACCUUUUAUAAUAUAUUUUGUUUUAUACGUGCAAUUACGAAUAAAAAAUCAUAAAUAUUA